GGCAGCGGCCGCCCUGCGAACCCUCGGGCAGCACCGGCAUGGCCGAGGGCGCGUGGGCGGAGCCUUCGGAGCCUUCGGGCAGCACCGGCAUGGCCGAGGGAACCCACCUCGGCGGAGCCUGGGCGCCGGCGGCGGGCGCGCCGCACCGCGUGGUCCAGCGCCGGCGCCCGCAGUCGGCGCGGUGCUCAUCGGGCCGCGGCUCGGCAAGGCACGCAACACCUGACCGCCGCAGCACCGUCGACGGCCAGGGUGCCCAGGACGCGGCAGCCUGGGGGGACACUGCUGACAGGAGGCGCAUGCUCAUGCGGCGGCUGCAGCAGAGGUUCUUGCAGCGCCGUGGGCUUGCGGCGGAAUCGGCGGACGCGGACGCCUCGCCCGACCCGCAGAAAUCUGGCGAGCAGGUCCCAGACGCAGAGCCGGCCCGCGCCGCGGCCCAGCCGUCGGCGCCUCCGCGGGCGGUCCGCCCCACGACCGCGCCGUCCAGCUGGCGCGUGCUGGGCCCAGGCUCCGAGGGCGCCGCCGUGCAGCAGGCGGGCAUCCGCAACGGCCUGAGCCUGGCGGGCCCCGCGGCCGAGGCGGCCGCCGCCGCGGGCGCCCGCGGAGAGCCCAGGCCGCCGCCGACGAGGGCGGCGCUCCCGGCCGACGGCCGCGAGGGCCACGCGGCCGCGGCGGCCCUCGGGCCUCAGAGAGCCUCCGAGGGCCUCGCGCCGCCGAGGGCGACGCCCGAGGCGCACCGCGCCGUGGGCGCCCUCGCAGGGCACAG